AUGUUGAUCCAGAUAGUGGGUGAGGCGCCCUAUGUCUUCAAAUCACCAGUUGAAGCGCGAAAAUCUGCAGAGGCCCAGGGAUGGAUAUCAGGAAAGGAGCUAGACAAGACAAGCAAACCAAGCAAGAGAUACUUGUCAAUCCAACGCCAAGAAGGAGACAAAGAAAGUUUCCAUUCUACCAUCCAGGCACCCACUACAUCGGAACACAGAUGGAGCAAAUGGAAGAGAGCACCUGGGAAGGAAUCGCAAGCUGCAGAAGCCAGAUCUUCUCCGAAAAACACAAAGACUGAACCGGUAUGCAACUUUCGCAGUGGACUGACAAAGUCUGAAGAUGGCAUCAUUACAAACUCAAGCCAUCAAGCCGAUUAUCUCUUCAGUAUGGAUGCAUCUCACCAUGACACUCAGAGAAUAUAUAAUAGUCUGGAGUACAUUGAAAACAAAGCUACUGUGUUUCAUGCAAGCUUCCUGAGAUCACAUAUCCAAUUUAAAACUAAAACUAUGGUCAUACUUGGGCACUUUAUACUCCCCCCACCCUCUCUGCAUGAAGAGAUCAGAAGGGAAAUCGGCAACUUCUUUUGGGAACAAGAUAACUUCGUAGAUAUCCAGCAGCGUAGAGAUGAAGAGGAUGAGCCAAUGGACCCUGAAUAUGAUAAGAGGAAAACGGCUGGCCGUGAACAAUCAGCUGAUGUGAGACUCCACACUCUUCCCAAGUACCCCGAAAAUAAUAUGCUUUCAGGUUACACUUCCAUUGACCAGUUGAGAAAAUUCUCAGAAGAACUUCAUGAUUUUAUACCUGACACCUCAGAAUAUCGUGUUUUAUAUGUUCAUGGUGAAAGCAGCAAUUUUCCAGGGAUUAAAAAUUUAAAUAGCAAAAAAUAG